UGGGAAGUUAAAGUUACUAUCGUAUGAGAAGUAUUAGUCAAAACCCGUUCACUACUGUAAGAAAAAGAGUAACAAAGGACAGUGAGAGAAAGUAGAAAGACAUGUUGUAAAACCAAGAUAAAAUUUUUGACAUUUUGGGGGUGUGCUUUGGGAUUUCAAUAUUAUAUUACUAGUUUGUCUUUCACAUUCCUUGCCAAAAACAGUGAAAAACUCAUGAAAGUGUAGGACUUUUCAGGUCACCUUCUUCAAUCUAAGAAACUUUGUUUUUUGGCUUUAAUUUGCUUUGCCCCCCACCUUACCACCCCUUUACCUGUUCAUGGAUCCCAAAGGCUCCAAGCAGCCACCAGCUGAAGUAUCCAACUUCUUGAGCUUGCCACCACAACCCCAACAACAGCCUCAUCAAAGCAUGGGAGAGAACAAAGCAGGUGAAAGCAAGGGUUUCCGGAUUGUUGCAAGUAAAGAAGAAGGGAAGAAACAACAGUUGGCUCCAAAGAGAAGUUCUAACAAAGACAGGCACACUAAAGUUGAAGGGAGAGGUAGAAGAAUAAGGAUGCCUGCUUUAUGUGCAGCUAGAAUCUUUCAGUUGACCAGAGAAUUGGGACACAAAUCUGAUGGGGAAACCAUACAGUGGCUGUUACAACAAGCUGAACCAUCAAUAAUAGCCGCCACGGGGAGCGGAACCAUACCAGCUUCAGCUUUGGCAGCAGCUGGAGGCUCAGUUUCUCAUCAGGGGGCCUCUCUGUCAGCUGGAUUGCACCAAAAGAUGGAAGAUUUAGAGGGGUCCAGUAUAGGGUCUGGAAGCAGUAGGACCAGUUGGGCAACGGUUGGUGCCAACAAUUUGGGGAGACCCCAUCAUGUAGCAACAGGGUUAUGGCCCUCAGUCAGUGGUUAUGGGUUUCAGACAUCAUCUGGUCCAUCUACAACCAAUUUAGGCACUGAAAGUUCUAUUUAUCUGCAAAAAAUCGGGAUUCCUGGUUUUGAUUUGCCAGCUACUAAUAUUGGUCAGAUGAGCUUCACCUCAAUCUUAGGUGCGGCUAACCAGCAACUCCCUGGUUUGGAACUUGGGUUGUCUCAAGAUGGUCAUAUUGGGGUUCUAAAUCAUCAAGCCUUAAGCCAAAUUUAUCAACAAAUGGGGCAGGCUAGGGUGCUCCAGCAACAGCAGAAUCAGCAAAAUCCCCCUGCUAAGGAUGAUUCCCAAGGAUCAGGCCACUAAAGUUAUAAACUUUGGGUACAUACUAGCAUUCCUAAGAGAGGAUGACUUUCUUUCUUGUAAUGGUUUCAGUAUUGUAUAAUUGAAAAAAAAGAAAAAGAAAAAGAAGAAAAAAAGAGUGAGAAAAAUGUAUACUUAGCCUCUCAGAAUUCUACAGGGACAGAAUGGACUUUAGUUUUGCCCCCUUCUCUCUGCACUGCAUCACCCAAGUUUCCAUUACACAGGUGGAGCUUUGCACAGCCUAGUAGCUUGGUUUUGGGCUUAACUUGUUUCUUGAUUCAAAGGUUUGUUGAUUGUGUUGUAAGGAAGAUUUAAUUACUUCUUCUUCUUCUUCUUCUUCUCUAGGUCUGGACGGAGUGGCAAUGGAUUUGUUUGUGAAAAAUUAAACAUAGAAAUUUACAGUCAUACAUGUCCAUUUCAUCUUGGAUCAACUAAGAAUUACUCCAAAAGAAUAUAUUGUUUGCACACAAA